CCCGUCUCAUGAAUAUUCAUGAGCGACACAGAGCUACACGCGGCCUCGCCCUCGGUCGGUUGCUAGACGAGUCUGUUAUCUUUCGGCGACUUUAUCAUCGUUUUCCUUGGACUUUGCCGGACCUUUUCGGAUUUAAGGGGAGGCGGAUAGCAGCAAAGGUCACAUUAUCCGGUUACGACCUGGUUACACGUUUGAUUGACGCGCGUAAGCCACGCCCUUGCUUUAAAUCCACCUGCGCUUUGAGAAACUCACUUUAGUGAAGCGCACGAGGAAUCUGAGCGAUCACCGGACGCGAGGAAUAACGGAUAAACCCGUUAGAUCUAUCAGGACCAAGAAUAACUACAUCUACUUCUGAUCCGAACCCCACCAGGACAGCAAAGAUGAUGCAAAUCUGCGACUCCUACAACCAAAAAAACUCCCUCUCCAAUGCAAUGAACCGGUUUCUUGGUGCCGUGAACAACAUGGACCAGACGGUCAUGGUGCCAAGUUUGCUGAGGGACGUCCCGUUGGACCAAGAAGGCGAGAAAGAGGUGAAUUCCUUCCAGGAUGGAGACAUGUACGGCUCUUAUGUGCUCCUCAAAUCAAUUAGGAACGAUAUCGAAUGGGGCGUGCUCCAAGCCGACGAGAGGCGCAAGGAAAAGCAUGGCAUGACGACGGCCCUGGAGAUGUCUCGCAUCGAACCGAACGACGAGGACUUAGAGAAGCUGUUUCAUUUCCAUCUAAACGGACUGCACACGGUUCUGGCCAAGCUCACCCGAUAAGCGAACACUUUAACGAACAGGUACAAGCAGGAAAUCGGUAUCGGCGGCUGCGGGAAUUGAGACCAGCUCCGGGUUCACGCCGUCCAUCGCCGGUGGACCGCAGAGGAAGUUCGCAAGGGGGUGCUGCAGGGGUCGAAGCCAAAUGGGGCCCCUGGCGGCUUCCGUGCAUCUUUAAUUUCCCGGAUCGAAAAAAAACGCCGGUUUACAAGCACCCUUAAUUCCCCUGCUAAUAUCCCUUGAUAUUGUUUGCACAACCAGGAGACUGGCUUGGAAACGGGCUUUUGAAACUAAAUGCGAUUUAUGUAAGCAAACAAGCCAAUGUUCAAAAAAAAAAAAAAAAAAUGCAGAAGUCGUUUAAUCGGCCGGUGUGGUAAUUUUGGCAAUGUAUUAAUGUAGAUUAUAACUGGCUGGGCUGACAAUUAAUAUCACUAAGUAUGUAUAAAACGCACACUGAAAAGCCGCUGGUACUUUAUGACGUCAAUCGUUGAUGGAAUCGUAUGAAGGUUCUUAUGGAUGUUGACCGAUUCCUGGAGAUUACGUCACAGUUAUUAUUAUUAUUAUUAUUAUUAAUAUUAUUAUUAAUUGCCUAGAAGAAAAGUUGUCAUGUAUUUUUUUCUAUCACAAAGUUGGUUGGGAAAAUAAACAUUUUUGUAAAAGCAA